CAAAAACCCUUUUUAACUUUCCAAAUUUCACUUCAUCCAACUCACAAGAGAGAGAGAGGCUAGCUACAGCAAAAGUAGGUAGAGAGAAGAGAGAGAAGCCCUACAAAACUAGAAGGGGGAAGAGACGAAGAUGAAGAAGUUCCAGCUUGGAUUUCGUUGUGCAUCAUUACUACUCUCUUCCUUCUAGUUUCAGACAGCAAAACAAGACAAAAAGUAAGGUCAACUUCAAGAUCUGAGAGCUCUUAGAUCCAUAAGUAGUCUCUUCUUUUUCUUGAUCUAGUUUCCACACCAUCGAAUCAUAGAAUAUGGAUCCAGUGCAAUCUCAUGGAUCACAAAGCUCACUCCCUCCUACUUUCCACUCAAGAGACUUUCAGUUACAUCUCCAACAACAACAACAGCAACAGGAGUUCUUCCUCCAUCACCACCAGCAACAAAGAAACCAAACCGACCAAGAUGAUCACCAAGGAGGAGGAGGACUAAACAGGCAAAUCAAGAUGGAUCGCGAAGAAACAAGCGACAACAUGGACAACAUGGCUAACAACAGUGGUAGCGAAGGUAAGGACAUGAACUUAGGAGAAGGAGGAAGCGGCGGCGGUUGCUCAGGAGGAGAUCAGAUGACGAGAAGACCAAGAGGAAGACCAGCUGGAUCCAAGAACAAACCAAAACCACCGAUUAUCAUCACGCGGGACAGCGCAAACGCGCUUCGAACCCACGUGAUGGAGAUCGGUGACGGCUGCGAUCUAGUCGAGAGCGUGGCGACUUUCGCACGGAGACGCCAACGCGGCGUUUGCGUUAUGAGCGGUACUGGAAACGUCAUGAACGUCACCAUACGUCAGCCUGGAUCCCCAUCUCCUGGCUCAGUCGUUAGCCUUCACGGAAGGUUCGAGAUUCUUUCCCUCUCUGGCUCUUUUCUCCCUCCUCCGGCUCCUCCUAACGCCACCGGAUUGAGCGUUUACCUCGCUGGAGGACAAGGACAGGUUGUUGGAGGAAGCGUGGUCGGUCCUUUGCUAUGUGCUGGUCCUGUGGUGGUUAUGGCCGCCUCUUUUAGCAAUGCGGCGUACGAGAGACUGCCGUUAGAAGAAGAUGAGAUGCAAACUCCGGUUCACGGUGGAGGAGGAGGAUCAAUGGAGCCGCCGCCGAUGAUGGGAGGACCAAUGCCACAUCAGCAACAAGCUAUGUCGGCUCAUCAAGGGUUACCACCUAAUCUUCUUGGUCCGGCUCAUCAAGGAUUACCACAACAUGAUAAUCAGUCUUAUUGGUCAACGGGACGACCACCCUAUUGAUCAUAUUACACAUUACUUUAUGGUCGUAGCUAAGUUAUAUGUAUAUUUAUAGCUAGCUAACGAAGAGUGAUCACGAGCUUAUGAACAAAUAAGACUACGAAUUUGGUCGAGGAUUAUGUGGUGGAUAAGGAUUCGAUCCAGCUUCACUAAGUCAACAUAUGAAUCAGGUUUUUUUUUUCUCUUAUUUUCUUUUUGGUUCGUUUGGUUGGUAGAUCUUUCUACGUUGAUUUGAGUAACAUUUUAGUUGUUUCUUGGUUUAUUUUGAUGAAUUUUCAUUUCUAGUUUGAAUUUGCUUCUGUGUUGUUGGUUCUAAGUUUGGCUUAUGAUGUUUUAUGAUGUUUUUUUGAUGUUUUUUCGAAUGUUCUUAUUGUUCUUUAAAUUUUUGUUUU